ACCUCCAUGUGCUGCGGGAGUGGCCCUAGAAAAAGCAAAAAAAAAGACAAAAAAAGAUUGCUCAGCCCUGUUCCUAGAGUUCCAGAUCCCUGAGUCUGGGGCCGCCUGAGAAUUUGCAUUUCUAACAAGCUGCCUGGUGCAGGGACCACACUUUGAGAACUACUGCUCUUGAAUUUUCUUUAUCCUGCUUCCUGCUUGAAUGAUUCACAGCAAGGAAACAAGGUGCCGCCCUGCUUCCUGUAGACUGAACUUUGGAAUAGUAUUUGUCCACGUAGCAGCCCGACUUUCAUUUGGGGUUGAAUAUCCAGAUUUGAAAUAAACUUUUUUUUUUUUUUUUUUGGUUCCUUGUAGGUGUUCAGUAAAUGUUUCUGGAAGAAACAAAAGCAUAUAACAGUGUAAACUGUAAAAUGUUGUGACUUUUGGAGGCAGCUGUUUUGCUCAGGGUAAAAAACAAUAUUACUGAUCCGUUUCCAGUUAAGUCCUGAACCACUGAGCUCUUUGACCCCCUUUACUGGGUUCAUUUUCCUUCGUGGUUCUCUCUUCACUCUAAGAGCUGCUUUCUUAGCUUGUCUUUGGUUGAAGAACUUCAAAAAAUUUUCUUUUGGCAUUCUUUUUGUUAUCUCUAAGUCUCCCUUUCUUAGAUUUUGACCAGUUUGAUGAUUCCUCUUUGUUUUUCAAGCCAAAGGGCUCAUUUUCAAAACCUUGCCUAUGUGUUCAGCUUAGUACCUUGGCAAGGUGACUCAGACUGAGGUCAAAGCACCCUUCCCUGUUCCGGUAUCUUCGAGAACCAAAAUGGGAAUGAACUUUACAUUUGGAGCCUGUAACAAGAGUUUUUAGUGACUGAACUUCAUGGUAUGUUGUCAGAGUCAGAAGCAUUUUACCAUGGAUGCCCCUCAUUUGCAGGUACAUGGGGAAGUCGAGGCCCACAGGGGGAGGGGAUAUGUCCAGAGUGAAAUGGGGGGAGGCACAGCCAAGACAAGAAUUGCCUUGGUUCCCGUCUGUACUUUUGUGGAUCAUUGAGAUCUCUGAGUUUACUGGAGAUUAGCUUAAAGACUAAAUAAAAACAUACUGGUAUAUGAAAAAUAAAAAAGAAGGUGAAUAAAUUGAGUGUAGUUGCGAUUGUUGAGACAGUCCCAGGAGAGGUGUUGAGUCAAACAAGUUCUUAAAAAUUGAAUUAAACACUUACUUCACUUUUACUAAAUAGUUUAGCGGUAGAAUAUAGGUGGUUACUAAUACUAUUAGUGGUAAGUGUGUCUCACAUUAAUACAGAGCUGCCACUUUUUAACUGGAAGAUAAAAUAGGCAACAUGAUAAAUUAUCAAGGGAAGUUGUGAAAUACGCAUUACUGAAGAUAGACUUGGAGUAGAUACAUCAUGGUUUGUAAGGAAGCUUCUGGUGUUGCCUUAGUCCUAGAGUGAGAGCAGAUGACCCACUAGCUCAGGGCUGCCUAUGUGGCUUGAAAAACAACUGAAAGUAAUCAUCUAUGUUCUUUUUAAAAGCAAAGAUUUUAAAAAAGCAGACCAAUAAAUAGUGUUUGACUGACUGAGCUUUUCUUAAGAAGGGUGAGAUGCACUCAUUUGAGGCAGUUCAUAAUUCUGGCUGCAGGUUUUUUCCACUCAUGUAGUUUUAGCAGUUUUUGUGAAAAGAGAAUGGAAUGGUUUUUUGGUGCUUAACUGCUUUCUCAAUAGUGCUGUGACUUCUUGGUGGGCAUAGGUCACUCAGCGUAAUCAGUUGGUCUUGAAGUGGCUUCAUGGUGAUAGGAUAGAAGGCUUUUGACAUAUCUUGAGGCAGUUGUGGUGACCUAGUUGGAUUCACAGUAACCCAGAUAUGACUAGCUCCUGCGACUGUGGCUUCAUUUCUGCAGGCAGCACUGCAGGAAUACUUCCGAACUGGCAUUUCCUCCACGCUCCUCGAGCGGUGGCAGGUGGGCGCCAGCACUGCUCCUGCUCCGUCUCUGUCUAGCCUGAGUCCCAGUGCUUGCCCUUCCUUGGGUGCAUCACUGGGGCUUUGGUUUCUUUCCUUGUGGUUUCAGGUUGACUGUGUUAAGAUGUAUUUAUUAAUCUUGUCAAGAGUAAAAAACACUGUUAGAAGCAUGGCGGGAUGGGGUCCCUCAGAGCUCCUAAAUCUGUGAUGCAGGAAACUAAGGAAUCUCUGUAACCCGCUAUCAUUUGAGGGCAUUAGAAAAAUAAAAACAAGCAAAAAGCAAAAUAACCCGUAAAGAUCUACUCUGGGAGAAGAGUCACGUCCUUUGAUGCCGGGCUCCCUGCCUGUUCGCGUACGGAGCGUGCGGAGGUCAUCCUGCGUGUUCCUGAUGCGUGUUGGAGGCCGGGCGCUCAGCUCCAGCCUUCUGUUCGGAGUUGAGCCAACCGUUGAAACUUCUUUCCCGCUUUAUUGCAGGUGUCUCUCCUGUCGUAAUCGACCUUACCUUUUCUGCGUUUAAACCAAACAGCUCACAUUGCUCUCUUGCGGGUUGCCCAGCGCGGUUCGUGCCUAUGUGCUCCCUAAUUCGUGGUGGUCUUUGGUUUCCCUCCCAUUUUUGAUCACAGUCACGGAGGGGCAGGACCCUGGGGGAUUCAGGUAUAUGUGAAGAUUUCUUGGCAGUUUAGCGUGGAGACCGUUGAUCUGACCGCCUGGCCCGGAUGUCUGCCUGCUCUGGGCUGACGAGGGAGAGCGCCCAAAUGAGCAGGGUGUCGCCGCAGACCUCUGGUGCUCCCCCGGUGCUGAACGGGCUAACUGUCACUCACACUCAGGCGCAUGCCAGCGGCUUACAGCAGGUUCCGCAGCUGGUGCCCGCCGGCCCUGGGGGCGGAGGCAAAGCUGCGCCUCCAAGCAAGCAGAGCAAGAAGAGUUCGCCCAUGGAUCGCAACAGUGAUGAGUACCGGCAGCGCAGAGAGAGGAACAACAUGGCUGUGAAAAAGAGCCGGUUGAAAAGCAAGCAGAAAGCCCAGGAUACACUGCAGAGAGUGAAUCAGCUCAAGGAAGAGAAUGAACGGUUGGAAGCAAAAAUUAAAUUGCUGACUAAGGAAUUAAGUGUACUGAAGGAUUUGUUUCUUGAGCAUGCACACAACCUUGCAGAUAACGUGCAACCCAGUAGCACUGAAAAUACAACGAAUUCGGAUAGUGCAGGACAGUAGGCCUCCCCCCUUCCAAACUUCACAGCUUGUGGCUGGAACGGAAAAGGUGUGGCGGCCGACACCACUCACAUCAUCAGCUGAACCUUGUCUUGUGCCAUUAGAGAUGCGUUGAAGGUUGUUUUCUAGGAUCAUCACUGAAGAGUUGAUUAGCUGGAAACGUUAGCCAUGUAAUUUGAAUAUCUGGUUUUAAAUUAUGAGGAUUUCUUUGGGGAUUAAAAAAAAACAUUUUUAAAGGAUAGAUUAAAAAAAAAUAAUUCCCUGGACCUUUAUGUUCUUAAUUACAUCCUGACUUCCCAAGGAAUGUUUCUUUUUUUAAGGUCGACAAAAGGAAUGGGGAACUGGCAAGUCAUGCAGUAAGUUCUUGGUUUUCAUCGAUAUGGUAAAUUGGAUGGAGACAAGUUGAAUGCCAUCUCUGUUAAUCCAUUUGUGACUUUUUUCUAAAUUAUGUAUUAAAAAUGCUUAGGGCUAUAGAAGCCAAUCACUUUGUAAUGUGGAGUGAUUUUAUGUAUAGUAUAAACCUCGUUUUAGCAUCAUUGGUACUGCUUUCCCCAGCAAGUACAAGCUUUUGAAUAGCAAUGUCAGGUUAAGUAAAGAAACCCCAUUGCAUUUUAAAGGCAGUAUGCAGCCAGUUGGCUUAAAAACUUAAAUAGUAUUUAGGAAGCAAAUAGGUUUAUAAAAAAUAAAAGCAGAGCAUAUUAGAAUUACACUUUUAGGAUGCCUUUGGGUUAUUGAAUUGGCAUUAUUUUGCUAAAAUAAAAAAAACCCAUAACAGUUCAGUGGUUUAGAGAAACUUGUGUACCAAAAUCUUAGUUUCUACAGAUGCUAGUAAAGUAAGCUUUUUUUUUUUUAAAGACAAAACCAUUUGGACAGCCAGGUUAGUAAACAAAAUGUCAUAACAGUUAUGACCACACAAGCUGCUGAUUAGGAUUUUGAAUAUUAAUUUCAGCAGGUAAUUUCUCCUGUGUUCAGACAUACUGCAUCGGGGCCGCAGUUUUUAAAAGCAAAAAUUUCUUGUGAAGGAUCAUAUGGUAUUUGAUCUUAAUGACCUGAUGAUUAGAAAAACACAUCAACUCCAUGCCAUCUCCCAAAAUAAUAGUUUAAGAAAACUUGAAAGUAUAAAGUUUAACCUUUAAUUUAUUUCACUUAAACACAUCUUUUUAUAUGGUUUUUGUGACAUUUCCUUUUCUAGUUAGUGGGGCUGUUCUUUGAGACUUUUGUACCACUUUUCAUUUGUAUGCAUGUAUGUCCCAUAAAUUAUUUUAGCAAGAAAAUACUGAUAAUAACUCAGGAUACUGACAUUUUUGUUGAGACUAAAAAAUGGCAGUCUCUAAAGACAGGAAUCUCUAGGGUCUGGCUUAUAUCAAUGUUGUUGGUAGUUUUCAUUGUCCUUGUUGGCUCUUUUAAGCACAAACCUAGCUCAAAUCUGUUGGUGUCUGUCUUUUUUUCUUUUUUCUUUUUUCCUUUUUUUUUUUUGGUGAGGGUGGUGGUGGUGAUAAGAGACUGAGUCCCAUCUGAUUAAAGUUUGUGUUGCCAGGUAUCUCACUUGCACAUGGUCAUUUGGGGCCAUGUUGUACUAGGACCCGGGACAGUGUCAUCAGGAUGUAACUCAAGUGGCGCCCUUGAGUUGGGAAAAGAGUGCUGUCUGUGCCCUUCCCCUGGGCGGGAGGACAUCACAGACCCCUGGCACUCAGCAAAGCCAUGAUUAAAGGCCAGGAGCAAGGCCUUUCUGCCCGUGACAGGAAUCCUGUAUUGUUCCGUAAGAGCCACUGUCCCAGUAGGGUUAGCUCCCUGUCGAGCCAGGAGACAGUAGGGGUUUCUGUUAGGGUCCAACAUCGGUUUACUAUUGGUUGGGGUCUCAGUGUACUUGUAAGUUGACAGAUGUUUUUCAGUAACUAACUAGGAGAUACCACCUGAAUCCUACUGAGUCUUUAAUAGCCCUCAUUGGAGAUGCACUUAGGCCCCUGGAAUCUUUAAGCACCUGUAAGGGGUGCUACAGACAUUUAAAUCUCUUACUUACUAAAGGAUUAUCUUUCAGAAAUUGAUGUCCCCACAGAAUUUAUUGUUACCAGUUAGAUGAACUGACUUAGCUGUCUUGGAAGAGAAGCUUUAGGGAAAUCAUCAGGUGUGUACUCAGUUAUUUCAAAGAAGAAAAUCAGAUCGUAACUUUGGGAAAAAAUUGAUUUAAGCUGUCUUUUUUCCUGUGCAAAUCAAAGCUAGCACAAGCAGUCAUGCAUAGAACAGAAAUGUAACCGUUGUCUUGACUACCUUACCGAAGUGUUUGGGCAUGGAAGUUUUUAGUCUAUCAGUAUAAAAUUGAGGGAAGCCAAGUACAGGGGAUGGGUAAGUUUAGAGCUUUGGGAAUUGUAAAUGCCUUUUGUAACUUUUGUUCUGUAGGUUACCUAUGAACCAUUAGGAAUGAUCUGCCUUGGUUGGCAGGUCUCUGGUUUAGGAAUUAGGUUUACUAUAAAUUUCUGGCUGCAUCGGAGUCUUCCGGGAUAGGUGCUUUCUGACUGGUCUUGGCUGCAGGUGGUGUGUGCGAUCAGAGCAGCCUGUCCUGCUGUCUGGCCUCUUUUACACUGAGAGGUGAGCUCAGAUAACUUUGGACAUUCUUACUAAGGAGUAGUAAGAUUAAAAAAAAUUAUCGAAGUAUAGUUAAUUUACAGUGAGAAGUGGGUAAGAUUUUAAUAACAUGAUCAGAUUUUUGAAAUUCAGAUCAUGAGUGUGAAAUUCCCAAAUUUACAUAAAGAUGUAUGUACAAUUUAAUAUUUGGUAUUAAAGGAAGUCGUAGCAGCUUUUGAUGUUUCUUAAUCCCCAUUAGAGGGCUUGAGACCUGAACAACCCAGUUAAAGCACUCGGAGAGUGUUUUUGAUGCCUUCGAAACAGGAAAAAAUUUUUGUUUGACAAAAGCUAGGAAGGAAGAAAAUCCAUUCUGUAGCUGUUAGAUCUGCUUCUCAGGAAAAAGUACUUUUUCUUUUUGUUCCUAGCUUUCCUCAGUUUGUGAGAUUACUCUAUUUUUUUAAAUAUAAUUUUAUUUCUUUCAAUGAAUUUGAAAUAAAAAAAAAAAACACUUUGGAGUAA